UCACACAGCUCGUUCAACGUUUCGGUCGACACAUUCUCGAGUCAAGCUGAAGCACUCUCUAUUCGUAAAACCAGAACAAAUUCAAAUUGUAAAUUUUACUCUGUCCCUUCUUUACAAGUUUUUUAGUUGCCUUUCGAUAAAAUUGCGUUGAAAAGUGUAUUCAAACGAAACCACCGAACAACCGAGCCAGCAGCGGGCAUUCCUCAACUUGCUACGAAAGCAAUACGCGCCAAGCAAGAAAGCGGCGUUUCGCGUAACAAGCAAGAUUGCCAAAGCAUAUUCUAGCACCUACGCACAGUUCCAAGUCGAGCAAGACCGGUUGUAGUAAUAUUUUCGGGAGACAUACUCAAACAGUGACAUAACAUCAGGAUGUCUGACAACUCGGCCGUGAGCUGUGUGCUCAACGUUGUUCUCUGCGGAGCCGCGGGCUUUGGCUUCUACAAGAUUGGACCCAGCGAACACCCUUACGCCUUCACAGCCUGUGUGUUCGGCUUCUGCCAUGGACUCUUCGGUUUGGUGAGCGGUUUGACCGGCGAUGACAAUGCCAAGAAGGUCACCGAGACGACCACAUCGAUCAUGGAGAUCAUCCCGCUGCCGCUGGUCAAUGUGGAGCUCUAUCUGGCCGCCGAGAGCAACAACAUUGCCUUGGGCCAUGGACUCUUCAUCGUGCCGCUGGCCGUCAGCGUGAUCCUGACCUUCUUCAAGGGCGAAAGCGGGGAUGAGAGCGAAGGAGGCGCCCUUGACACCCUGAAGACCCUGACCAUUUUGGGAAACAUCACCUCGCUGGCGUAUCUGGCGAUCAAUGAGAGCAGCUGGAACCUGGGCGGCAUGGCCUUCCUGGCCUUCAUGGCCAAGUUCGGUGCCAAAUUCUGUGAGGAGCAGAUCAGCGAGGGCAGCGGCGAGCCGGUGAACUAUUUGAGUUGGUCGGGCUUCUACUUCCUCACCGCCAUGGCCGUCUCUGGCGAAAAGUAGGCCGAAUAGGGGAAUCUGGGAAUCUGGGGCAUUCCUAGCCAUCAGCUGAGUCAGCAGUAGCCCAUGCAUAGCCUCUUUUCCCGAAAGCUUUCCGCCUCUUCCUGGACACCAACACAUUCGAUCUUGGACGAGCAAGGUGAUGAAUAAAUUAUUGGACUGAUGCUGCGCUGACUCGUUAAUA